UGUCACUAAAACUUCUUGCGCCAUGAAAUGACCACACUGUGCGCAGCUUUCCUUAUAUAUACAGACUACCUUCAACAUGGCGCCCUCCGCAACCACCGAUGUAUUGCCCUCCAGCUGCAACUCACCUAAACCUCCACCGAGGAUAUGGCGCGUGAACGACCCGCCUUUCGAGGGCUUUAAACCGAUUGACACCGAGGGCUACGCGCGGAGCAACCGUGAAACGGCGAUCGUCAUUGACAAUGGCUCAUCGGCUGUUCGCGCAGGCUGGUCCUUCGAUGAAAAACCCAGACUGUCCCUUCCUCCGCUCAUGGCUCGAUACCGCGACCGCAAGCUUAUGCGUACUUUCACAUUCGUCGGUUCGGAUGUCUACUCUGAUGGUACAGCGCGCGGCCAAGCGAAGAAUGUAUAUGAGCCCGGGAGCAAUAUUGUGAACAACUGGGAUUGUUUUGAAGGGGUUAUGGAUUACUGCUUCCUAAAGUUGGGUGUAGAUGGCGCCGGCGGGGGAAUUGACCGACCAAUCGUGAUGACAGAGCCAGUCGCAAAUCUAGGAUAUACACGGAAGACAAUGUCAGAAAUCCUCUUCGAAUGUUACGGAGCCCCUUCUGUCGCCUAUGGGAUUGACUCCCUCUUCUCAUACUCCUAUAACGGCGGUCACCACGGACUUGUCGUCUCUUCGUCUUUCACAUCUACACACUUAAUACCUGUAGUCGACUCCAAAGCACUCCUUUCCCAGACCACCCGACUCAACUGGGGCCGUUUCCAAUCCGCCGAAUACCUACUGAAACUUCUAAAGCUAAAAUACCCUUCAUUCCCUGGCAAAAUUAGCGACCCGCAAGCUGAAGACCUGGUUAGAGAACACUGUUAUGUAAGCCAGAAUUAUGAAGGCGAACUCAGCCACUUCCUCGACUGGACUGGGCUCGAAGACCGGGACCACAUCGUCCAAUUUCCAUAUACCGAACAGGUCGUUGUGCAGAAAACUGAAGAGGAACUCGCUCUUGCGGCUGAAAAGCGGAAAGAGAGUGGCCGCAGACUGCAGGCCCAAGCCGCUAAGAUGCGACUAGAUAAGCUGAAGAAGAAAGAGGAGGAAUUAGAAUAUUACCAGCAGCUUCAACAACAGCUUCAGACAUUGAACAAGAAGGAGGGCAAGCGGCUGUUGGAGUCUAACGACUUUGACGAGGAGAUUCAACUCGAUAAGCGGGUAAAAGAACUUGAAAAAUCUAUCAAGAAAGCUAGGAAUAAGGAUGUAGGCGACGAGGAGGAGGAGCAGAAUGAGCCACCCACCUUCCCAUUGUUGGAUACUCCAGACGACCAGCUUGACGAAGAAGGUCUCAAGCAAAAGAGGCAGCAGAGAUUGAUGAAGUCUAAUUACGACGCACGGCAACGUGCCAAAGUAGAGAAAGAGAAAGAGAAGGCACGGUUAGCAGAGGAACAGCGCCUCGAUGACGAACGCCGUGAGAACGACUUGGACGGAUGGGUUCAGGAGAACCGAAUGGCGCGUCAAGCAAUAAUCCAGAAGAUGAAAGACAAGGAACGGCUCAAAGCCGAACUAGGAAACCGCAAAUCACUCGCCAACCAAAUGCGUAUGAAGUCCAUUGCUAACCUCGCUUCGGACAACCCAUCUAAAAAGCGGCGGCGUGGUGGUGGCGAUGACGACACAUUUGGCGCCGAUGAUGCGGACUGGGGUGUCUAUCGGACGAUUGCAACUGGCGAGCAAAGCGAUGACGAAGAAGACGAAGAUCUUAACAAAGAGCUCAAGAACAUUGAAGCUCAGCUCCUAAAGCAUGAUCCUCACUUCACCGAGGAGAGCACCCGUGAAGCCCAAACCGAUUGGACUAAGAGUAUUCUGCACGCAUUUCUGCACGGCCCAUAUGCCUACGACCCAGAGAGCCAGAAAGAAGCGAAUCAAAUCCACCUCAACGUCGAACGCAUCCGCGUCCCAGAAGUGGUCUUCCAGCCCUCUAUCGCUGGCCUCGAUCAAGCGGGCAUUGUUGAGAUCGCUGCUGGUAUCCUCGCAGAGCGGCUUUCAGACUCUCCGUAUAGAAAUGACGUACUAAAAGAUAUUUUCCUCACGGGCGGUAACACAUUAUUUCAAGGCUUCGAAGAGCGAUUAUCUAACGAACUGCGUGCUGUGCUACCUGCAGAACUCCCACUGAAAGUCCGGCGAGCAAAGGAUUGCGUCCUAGAUGCUUGGAGGGGCGCAGCGAAGUGGGCGGGGAAGCAGGAGAGUCGACCACAUUUUGUGACGAGAGCCGAGUUUAUGGAGAAGGGCGGCGAAUAUCUGAAAGAGCAUGAGUUGGGAAAUGCGUAUCUGUGAUGACUGCACAAGGAUGUGGAUAUAUUGAAGAUAGUAUUCUAGGAAGGUGACGAUAGCGCAGGCGUUUGGUACUGGGAUUAGAGGUAGCAGGCGUAUGAUAUGUGGGAUCCUCGAGGCUUAAAGACCGAAAAGUAGCAGUAUUUCUACCAUUUCUUGAUAGCUUCCUCGAAUGCCU